CGGCCCUCAACCCGACUCGUUUCCCAUUGGACCAACGCUUCGCCAAACGUCACUAGGAGGUGGGGUUAGUGCUGAACAGCGGAAACAGGAAAGUAGUCUCGAGCCAGGAGUGAAUGCUAAAUGAUGUUCAAAGAUGUUUAACAACAGUACACAGAAGAGAUGUUGGCUUUUUCAGAAUGAAGAAAUAUUAGAAAAUAUGAGAACUGAAGCCAAUAAGAAAUUUCAGACAAAGGUUCUGGCAUGUGGAAAGCUUUCUCCAGUGGCGUUACUGGAGCCUCAGGAAGAGGAGGUACUACGUAAAUACUAUGAAAAAAGACUGUUGGAAUUCUGCUCUGCAUUUAAACCCAUCAUGCCUAAAUCCGUGGUGGGAACCGCAAGUAUGUAUUUCAAGAGAUUCUUUUUGAAUAAUUCCGUAGUGGAAUAUCAUCCAAGGACUAUAAUGUUGACAAGUGUAUACUUAGCGUGUAAAGUGGAUGAAUUUAAUGUCUCCAGUUCCCAGUUUGUUGCUAAUCUGUGGGAAAGCCCUGCGGGUCAAGAGAAGGCUUUGGAACAGAUCCUUGAGUAUGAACUGUUGCUUAUUCAGCAGUUGAACUUUCAUCUCAUUGUCCACAAUCCAUUUCGACCUUUUGAGGGUUUUCUUAUUGAUCUAAAGGCUCGAUGCUCAGUGGUAGAAAAUCCAGAAGCCUUGCGAAAAACGGCAGAUGAGUUUCUGAGCAGAGCAACUACAACUGAUGCUGGUCUUCUCUUUACACCAUCACAAAUAGCAAUAGCAGCUAUUCAUUUCAGUGCCUCCAGGGCAGGCAUUAAUCUGGAUAGCUACUUAACAGAAUGCCUUAUGCUAAAAGACAACAAUGAAUGCCUGUCAAAACUGGUUGAAGUAAUCAGAUGUAUAAAGACUCUGGUGAAGAAAUAUGAACCUCCCAAACCUGAGGAAGUGAAUCUUCUGAAGCAGAAACUUGAACAUAUACAUAGCUUGGAUCUUGGCAUCGUUACAAGUUUAAGGAAGAGGAAAGGUUAUGAGGAAGAUGGAACAAUUUCCAAAAAGUCAAAAGUGGAAGAGGAGGAAUGGAGUGAUGACGAUCUAGCUGAUGCAAUGUAAGUUGCUGCUUGACUUACAUUUUGGAAAUAUUCGUGGAGAAAUAACUGCUGUGGUAGUCCUAUUAGAUAUUUAUUCUGAGGCAUAACAUCCAGACACGAGUUUUGACUCAACCAGGUUGUGCUUUUGGAAAGAAGAGUUAUGAUGCCAAAUGAGGGAAACUAAGGCUGCAGACCGUAGGCGCAGGCAGUACAUAGGAUGCAACAGAUUUUUUUUCUGCAAAUGGCAUUUGAUAGUCUAUUUAUUUUUACCUAAACAAAAGACACAAAAUGCUGAAAGUACUGUGACAAACAUCAAAGGAAAUUUUAAAUGAUUGCAUUGCUGAGGUGUUUGAUUUGUCAAUAUCAAUACGUAAUUUGUUUUGGAAGUAUGUUUUACGUGUCCAAUUUUCAUUCCCUGUAUUCAAAAUAAAAUUCAUAUUGUUUCCGUGA